AUGUCACUUUCAAAGGAAUCGCUCAACCUCGUUAGCAAUUCCAAUACCAUUCCAAAGCUGGAGCAAACCAGCCAGUGGCUGACUUGGAAGAGAGAAAUGCUGGACCUACUGGACAUGUGCGGAUACGGAGAUCUUUUGACCAGGAAUGCUCAACCACCAACAGAAGGGAACGACCUCACAACACAGAUUGAGGCCUGGAGGAGUCGUCAGGAUCGAGCAUGCGGCGCCAUACGCAGUCGUCUCGGAUACAAUGCCCGAGUGUUCACCACGGGGAUACCAACGGCCCAGGGCAUGAUUAAUCACCUUGAAACCCGGUAUCGCCCCGUUGGAAGCGCCAUCUUUCAAGAACUCGACCGAAGAUAUCAAGAACUCACCCUUGACUCUUGUGAUUCAGUCAUGGAAUAUGCAAACAAGCUUCGUCAAGUAAGGGCUGAACUCCUAGAGAUGGAUGAAAUCUGCCAGAUUGGGGAACCACACUUUGUCAACAAGUUCCUCUGUGGACUUGGCCCAGACUAUGAAGUCUUCCUCACUGCUUUCAAUCAGAACCAUAACAUCCUUCCUAUCCGAGAUCCAAACAAUCGCAACGUCAUCCUCAAAGAGGCCGUUACGUUCGAAACCGCAAUCUUUGCCGCAUCCCAAGAAGAGGACAGACAAAAAGGAGCCACUGCAAGGAUUGCACACAGAGCCAUGGUGGCCUGGGAUACCUCAGGUUGUGGACACUGUGGAAGAAAAGGACACAACAAGUCAACUUGCUGGAAACUUCACCCGGAACUUAGAAGAGAGCAUGAAAGGGCGGCUCACGAGAGACGACAACGAAAAACGCAGAGACGAGAGAAGGAAAAGGAGAAGACGAAUGAUGAACCGGAAUCUGCUACGGCUGCGACUCCUGUAUACAUCCAGCCCGAUCAAGCGAGACUGGCUCUUUGGCAAAAUGACUUCCAAGGUCACCUUGGAUUAAUUGGCUCGUCAUUCGGACUCUCUGGAUCUCAGGCAACCCCCCAAGCUCGGGCCCUCGAACGGAUCCAUGUCUUGGAUAGUGGUGCCUCCUCACAUAUUUUCUGCCGCCAUACGAACUUUACAGUUCUCCACAAGUACCAGGGAUUCCCGAUCAAUGGCAUUGCAAACGCAACAGUUAUGCCAGGAGGACGUGGAACCUACACCUUCCGAGUGCAAGGACCCAAGGGGCCACAGAAUGUUACUCUCGACAACGCUCUCUACGUUCCGGAAGGAUGCUCGAACCUGUUGUCCGUGUCAGCGCUGGAGAAGAAGGGUGCAGAAGUUCUUUUCCGAAAUGGGAAGGCAGUGGUCACAAACAAAGGAAAGGUCGUCCUCACUGCAACAAGGAUCUCAGGCGUCUAUGUGGUCGACGAAGCUGAGGCAGAUCACUUUCAAACCGCAGGAAUUCAUCUCUCCUACACGGCGACGGAGCAACACGAACAAAAUGGAUUGGCAGAGGUUCUCAAUCGAAUCAUCCUAGAUAAACUCACGCCCACACUGAUCAAAUCUGGAUUUGCUUUGAAAUGGUGGCCAUACCUCCUCAAGGCAGUGAACCAUAUCCGAAAUCUCUGCCCCACGGCAAGCAUUUCCACCACUCCAUACCAAGCCUGGUAUGGAGAUGUUCCCGACCUCAGUCACCUGCGAGUCCUCGGCUCACGAGGAUGGGCUCUACUUCCAUCCUCUAAACAAAAGAAGAUGCAAUCUAGGAGCAUUCCCUGUCAGCUUCUCGGCUACCAGGGCAGUACGAACUAUAUUCUCCUUGACGAACGGGGCCGAGUCUUUGUGUCUAACAAUGUGGUCUUCGCUGAAAAUAUCAAAAGUGUCGAACCAACACUCGACAAUCUCACGCAUCAGAUGAGUGACCAGAGAUCAUCGCAACGGCGACGGGUAGACCGAGAACAGAACACCCACGUGGAAAAUCCUCUCAUUCUAGAACCGUCGCCCCUUCCGAUCGCGCCAGGAGAGGCAAAUGGAACCGAGGAGAUUGGCCAUGGAGAGACGACCUCGGAUGAGUCCUCAGUGGGAGAUCCAGGUUGGAAUCCGGACCAAGAGUCAGCCAGAUCGAGUAUCCAUGUUGCCACAGACGAGCACGAAGUGUCACCGGAAGCAACAGAACGGCACGCAGAGUCUCGGCUGCCCGAAAGAUCGACCAGAGGACAGCUGCCAUCGAGAUAUAUACUGGCCAGCACAAACUUCGCCUUCCUCGCAACGAUUGCAAGACAGCUGUACCUAGUUGCUCGCGACAUCGACCAGUCAGAACCAAGAACCUUCAAGGAAGCCACUCAGGGUCCUCAUGGAAGACUCUGGUGGGGAGGACUGAAGGAUGAACACGGAUCUCUAAUCGAGAAUGAUGUCUGGACCCUAGUUACGCUCCCACCAGGACGAAAGGCCCUUCGAGGCAAAUGGGUGUUCAAGCUCAAACGAGGGGAAAAUGGGGAGAUUCUGCGGUACAAGGCCCGCUUUGUCGUGAGAGGAUUCGAACAAAGGGAAGGAAUUGACUUCAACGAAACCUUCGCCUCUGUUGUCAAGCCAAUGAGCUAUAAGAUGAUCUUUGCCAUUGCGGCGGCACUCGAUUUGGAACUGGAACAAAUGGAUGUCAAGACAGCCUUCCUCUAUGGCCUCGUAACUGAGGAGAUAUACGUGGAACAACCUGAAGGAUUCGACGAUGGAAGUGGGAGAGUCUGUAAGCUCUUGAGAGCAUUGUAUGGACUGAAGCAAGCUCCAAGAGUGUGGUACGAGACCCUCUCGACCUUCCUCGAGACACUCGGGUUCAAGUCUUUACUCUCAGAUAUGGGGGUCUUGGUGAAAGGUCACACGUUCAUUGCGGUGUAUGUGGAUGAUCUGCUUAUUGCUGGACCCUCCAAGGACGAGAUCGUAGCGGUCAAGCAAGCUCUGUGCAACAAGUUCAAGAUGACAGACCUGGGCCCAUGCAAAUAUUACCUAGGCAUGUCCUUGAGAAGAGACAGGGCGAACCGAUCGAUCUCCUUGUCGCAGACAACGUACCUGGAGAAAAUACUUCGAGACUUUGGAAUGGACCAGUGCGCCCCUAAUGCCACACCGGUUGCCACAAGCAAGUUCGGAGAACCAGACCCCGACUAUAAGGCAACUGACAAACUCAAGCAGUGGUAUGCAAAGGCGAUCGGAUCCCUGAUGUAUCUCAUGCUUGGGACGAGACCCGACAUUGCCUUUGCCGUCUCUUUAUGCAGUCGACACCUGGGAAACCCAACCAACGAACAUCAGACGGCUGUCAAGCGUAUCUUUCGAUAUCUCAAGGGAUCGCAUAAUCUGGAACUGGUGUACCAAGGAAAGCUGCAACCUCUUCUCGGCUACACCGACUCGGAUUGGGCGGGAGACCAGGAGACUCGAAAGUCAACGUCUGGAUACGUGUUCAACCUUGGCACGGGCGCUAUUAGCUGGAGCUCGAAGAGACAAAGGACUGUUGCCCUGUCCUCAUGUGAAGCAGAAUACAUGGGGCAAACGGGAGCAGCGAAGGAAGCUGUCUGGUUGAGAAGCCUUCUCCAGGAACUGUUGAAAGAAUACAGGGAGGUCCCAGAACUGAAGACAACUGUGAUCUUCGGAGACAACCAAGGAGCGAUCGCAAUGUCGAAGAAUCCCCAGUUCCAUGCAAGAACCAAGCAUAUUGAUAUUCAACAUCAUUACUGCAGGGAGAAGGUCAAUGAUGGAACUGUUGACUUCCAGUACAUUCCAACAGGCAAGCAGGUCGCUGACGGGCUGACGAAGGCUUUGCCGAAGGAUCGCUUCUUACGAUUUCGGGAAGCAUUGGGUCUCAAAGAACGACGAUUGUGA